GCGAAGGUGUGGCCUCGAGGCAACAACACAGCAUGCAGGUAGACAGCAUAAAGCUUGAUCGGAGUACCCAUAUACUCUGUUACAGUGACUGUCUGCACUUGGACAAUGACACCAACACUCCUAUUGUGGGUCCUCAUCCUAAAUGCCUCGCUCAAGCCCUCAGAAAGCCAUGGUCACGAGUUUGAGGAGGUGAAGGACUAUGAGGUGGUUCGACCUGUCAAACUUCACACAGUUAGAAAAAGACAUGCAGAGAAUCACAGGCCAGAGGCUAUUAAGUAUGCAAUGACGGUGGGAGGAAAAAACAUUGAAAUGCAGCUAGAAAGAAAUAAUGAAUUACUCACUAAAGAUUACACUGAGACAUACUACCAAGAGGAUGGGACACAAGUCACCACAAGCCCAACCAACGUUGAUCACUGCUACUAUCAUGGGAGGAUUGUGAAUGACAACAAAUCAUCUGUUAGCAUCAGCACUUGUGAUGGACUCAGGGGUUACUUCAGAACAUCUGCCCAGAGGUACCUGAUUGAGCCCCUGUCUGGUGGCGAUGAGGGGGAUCAUGCAGUGAUGACUUUUAAUGAGACAAACUCCACACCAGCAGUGUGCGGUGUCACCAACACCAGCUGGAGUGAUGACUUUGAACCUCCAACAAGCCGAAGCCGCUCCAGAUCAGCGGGUAUGUCUAUUGUCCAGCAACAGAAAUAUAUUGAGCUCUUCCUUGUUGCUGAUAAUCGUGAGUACGUGAAGAUGAAGCGAGAUCAGACGGAACUGAGAAAGAGGAUAUUUGAGAUUGUCAACUUUGUCAACAUGGCAUACAAGCCGCUGAGGACCUUCAUUGCUCUGGUGGGAUUGGAGAUCUGGUCCAAUGGUGACUUGAUCUCUGUGACCCCGCCGGCUGGGGCCAAUCUGGACGCUUUCAUGAAGUGGAGAAACUCUGUGCUGGUGAAAAGGACAAAGCAUGACAACGCACAUCUCAUCAGUGGUAUUGACUUUGAGGGAGCAACUGUGGGGCUGGCCUUCAUUGGGACUCUUUGCUCAGGUCACUCUGUUGGAGUAAUACAGGAUCACAAUGACCGGGCCAUUGCAGUGGGGGCGACACUGGCUCACGAGAUGGGCCAUAACCUGGGUAUGAACCACGAUGACUCGAGUGCCUGUGCUUGUUCGGGGGAUAGCUGCAUCAUGGCUGCAGCACUCAGCUGGAACAUCCCUCGGACUUUCAGCAGCUGCAGCAGCAACAGCUACGAGAGAUACCUGACAAGCCGCAACCCCAGCUGCCUGCUGGAUAAACCAGACUACGAGUCUCUGGUGGCUCUUUCAGUCUGCGGGAACGGUUUCGUGGAGAAAGGAGAGCAGUGCGACUGCGGCACUGUGGAGCAGUGCACCAACCCGUGCUGCAACGCCACCACCUGCACCCUGAGUGAGGGCUCUCAGUGUGCUGAAGGCGAGUGCUGUGACAACUGUAAGAUCUUGCCCCGGUCCAAGGAGUGCCGCAGGAAGCAGGAUGAUUGUGAUCUGGCAGAGUACUGUGAUGGGCAGAGCACCACCUGUCCUGAGGAUGUCUUUGCUGUGAAUGGCCUCCCCUGUGACGGGGGCCAGGGAUACUGCUACAACGGCCAGUGUCCACAGAGAGCAAACCAGUGUGUCAAGAUGUAUGGAACAAGCGCUGUAGAGGCCGGUCUGAACUGCUACAGCCAGAACACCAGAGGAACCUAUUACGCCUUCUGUAAACGUCCCUCAAACGACAUGUACAUCCCUUGCCAGAAAGAGGACGUGUAUUGUGGGAAGCUCUUCUGCCACAGCAGUCAAGAAAACCCAAACUACGGCCGCAUGGUCAAGUUCGGUGAGUGCAAGGCAGCUUUCUUCAGUGACUACAUCACCGACUACGGCCAGGUGGACGCUGGGACCAAAUGUGGGGACGGAAAGGUGUGCAGCCAGAAUGAGUGUAUGGAUCUUGAGACAGCUUUCAGAAAUACAAACUGUUCAGCAAAAUGCCCAGGCCAUGCUGUUUGCAAUCACAAGAGUGAAUGUCAGUGUGAGCCUGGUUGGAUGCCUCCUUCCUGCGAUUUGGAGGAUGGAUCUUUCGGGUCCCUUUCUAAUGGAGCAGCUGUUGCCAUCGCAUUGGCAGUCAUACUAGUGGUUUCAGGUAUCAUUGCUGGUGUCGUUGGGUUCAUCUGGAAAAAACGACAAAGCCCCAUAUUGCCAACUGCACACACCCAAAGGAAGCAGCCAGCCGUGGGCCGAUCCGCUCACCACAUAAACAAAGGGCCAGCUCCUAGUCAACCCAAGCCAGUGCCACAGGUUGGAAGGCCAAAGCCCAAAGGAGCUCCACCUCCACCGCCUCCAGCAGGGAACAGACCUAAACCCCCGAGCCAGAACUACAUAGCUGCACGCCAGGCUCUGAGGCCAGUGCCUCCACCAAAGGUGUGACGUCUGAUACAGUGCCACCCAUCAGUAAACCUGGGGAGACUGUCCUUUGUCCACUGUCCCUGAAGAGAGGCUGCAGGCAAUCCAGAGAAGCAGAAAUUACACAACAGUUCCCUCUGCAGUCUCUUUUUCACUGCAGUGCUGACUGAAGGCUGGUGGAGGUUUUGUUUGUUACUUGCUUGCCAUGCACUGAUGACUUGUAAUUACAGGAAUGAACCUUUUGUUUUUCAAAGCACUUUUUUUACCCUAUAGGGUUCGUAUAACUAUAAACAGCUCUGGCCCUAAAUGUAAACCAUAUCAUUUUCUACAUGUUAUUUUGUCACAGUAAUGUUACAGAAUAUUGCACAAGACUGAAUUUUUAAACCUCAAAAACAAAACUGAACGGCUCUGAUUGAAGCAGCAACAAGGAUCUUUCAUUUUGUGUUGAUUCUGGCGGCCCCUGUGGUCAAAAGUGGUAGUGUUUCCAACGCCUCUGAUUUCAAGGGGAAUCCGACCCUGUGGCAGGCCGAUUUUCUUGCUGAUGUCUUGCUCGAAACAAACGCUGAUUAGGACUGCAUUUACCCCGCCACUCUAAUGUUAUAUAAUAUGUACAGCGUAGUUUUAAUGAAAUCUCACAGCAAUGCCUUUAUUAAAAAUACAGUAAAAGGAGAGGAUGCCAGAAAGGACCAGAUUAAUGCUGGUGACUUGUAGUUUAUGUUUAUAAGAUACAGUGGGUCUACCAGGUUUUAGGGCACUUUUAGGAGCUCCUGAUUAGGAGCCCAUAUUUAAUGCUCAACUAAAAGCAGGUACAGUGGAAAGGCUGGCCAUUCAAGUGUAUAUACCAUAUUUUACACACGUAGAUAGAAUUCAGUUUUUAAAACAAAUGUACAGCAUGUUGUCUAAAGGUUCAAGAUCAAGGUAAUUUCCAAUUAAACAAAAUGUUGUACCUUAUUAUAAUUAAUACUAAUUUGGUGUAUGUAAAUAGAUUUUUGCACACUUGCACACGUCAUAUUGCUGCUUGUCUACGUUUACUAUGUGAACAGAUACAUGGUGUAUUAAAUAUCUUGUGAGCAGUACUGAGCAUGGUGUUUUUAAAAGAACAAUGUUGCAGCUGAAAUGUUUUGGCAUUAUUAACCAAAACCCUGUAACUAGUGAGCAGCGAGGACACCAGGCAGCAAAGGUUUCAGUGACCAUAAGUCUCAACUACGCCAGUAUCUGAAAAAACAGAACACUAUGUUCCUGUCAUGUGCUGUAUUAUAGGAGGCCGUAACCCAGCUGGUAGUAAUCUUGAUGUUAGACUGAAUAUUACUCUUCUCCACUUUACCAGCAUGGCACUAACCUCAGACUUUCCUAGUGAAGAGGUUGGGGUUGUACUGGGCAGCUGCAAGCCAGGAUGUCUAUGAUGUGUUAUUGAUAUUCAUGUGAAUUAAUAACAGACAAAUAAACUUUUUUUGUACAAAUGAAUUGUGUGUA